UAUAUGUCUGUCUGUUUGCAGCCAUUGCUAGGAGGUCCACCAUGCCCCGACAGAGGAAAACGGGCCCGGAGCUGGCUCUGGCUCUGGAUCUAACCCCUUCCUCCCUGCAAAUGAUGAAGAGGGCUCAGCUGCAGCAAUACUGCAAGAAACUGGGCCUGGGAGGAGGUGGAAAGAACACAGACCUUAUCCAGAGGCUGAAGGAUCACAUCAAACCAUCUGCAAACAUCAGCCAAAAGCCGCUUCAGACCCCUCCUCCUCCUCCUUCUCCUCCGCAGAAUAAAAGCCACCUAGAGCUGCUAGGAGGACGAGGCUGGUGUGUGGUCCAUGGACAGCAGUUGACCAUUAACAAUUGGUUCCCCCUAACUCUGCGAUGUGGCCGGGUCUGCCUUAUGAUCCAUGACUCUUAUAUCCCUCUGCACCUGGCUCCUUCCUCCGUCCCAACUCCACCUGGGCUACAGGACAACCUUGUCUGUAGUGACUGCAUGGAGAGAAAUCGGGAGAAGGAGUCCCGGCUCCAGCAAAAGUCGAUUUUGGAAGAUGGAUCAUGUCCGAACACGGGCCAUGGGAAGUCUAUCUCUGUGGGCACAUCUCGCCAUCGUCAUAAGUCCGGAAAAUUCCAGCCGCAAGAAGACCCAGAGUAUGCUAAAAAGGUGGAUGAUCUCCUUAACCAAAUGGCCUCGGGAAGCGUCGACUCCCAGAAAGUCUUGCAGCCCCUCCGUCCAGGCGUUCUCCAUUCUCCGAUUGCAAAACAGGAACUCGGCCCCAUUUUUUAUUAAUGCUUGAGCAGGGGUGCAAAUCGGAGUAAAAAAAAUAUUCUUUAUGUAACUGAUUUGGGGGGGGAGAAAAUACGGGAAUGGGUUUCUCCAUGCACAGAAUUUCCCCAUUUCUCACUGUGAAUGCCAUAGAACACUCGACCAAACCAGUGCCAUUUUGCAUUUUUUUUUAUUUUUUUUUUUUUUUUUAUUUCUUCCUAAAGUGGCAAAUUAAAGACUUCCUUUUUUGUUUUUAAAUGGUUUUUCGUCUAAAUUUUAUAAAUACUCAGAUCACCAGAGCCGACUCAAUAAAUGUGCCAUAGUAACCAA